AUGACGCGGCCAGCACCCACAAACUGCAGUUAUCAUCGUUGCAGCUCGCUUCUCAUCUUCCUAUCCUCUCUUCUAUGUGUUUACUUUUCUUUCGAAUUUGUUGCUUCUCAACAAGAACAACACUUUUAUCCAACUUCACAAAUUCUCGUGUGGGGUAACAAUGUGGACCACAAAUGUGGUUAUCCCUACAUGAUGAGUUCAGAGCUUCCCGUUAGAAGUAAACGAUUGGAACAGGCUGCUUUCACAAAUUCUUAUUCCUCGUAUUAUCAUCCAGCUUUGGGUUUGUCGAAUGUGAACUCUUCGUUAGUGCAAGUCGCGGAUGGAUUUUCAUUUAAAAUGAUUUUAGUACAUUAUGUGAAUGGAGAGAAUGGAAAUUUUGUCAAUGAAACCAUCUAUGGAUGUGGAGAUAAUGGAAAUAAUCAAUUAGGCUUUUUUGAUCAACCACCGAUUGCUAUCUCUCCGAUGGCUCCAAUUUAUACAUUUAGUACUGCUGAUUUAUUAUCAACCAAUCCAUUGCGAGAUUUAAAAAUUGUACAACUCACUUGCUGGUUUGAUUGUCUUGCUUUGACCAAUGAUGGAAAGGUAUUUCGACAUGAAAUUUACACGAGAAAAUGGGUACAAUUAGCAUUUCCUUCCACCAUGAUUCAUCCCGAUACGUCAUUGGAAAUCCCAGUAAAUAUUAUUCAAAUUGAAGAAACUGGAGCUUUUGGAAAAGAAACAUAUUUCGCCUUGACCAGUGAAGGAUUUGUAUUCACUUGGGGUUACAACAAUUCGGGAAUUCGAGGACAUUCCUUCGAGGUAGAACUCGCAGAAACUCCAAUGAUCAUUCCUUCUUUAAGAAAUAUUACGUUCAUCACGACAGGAAGUUUUAUCAAUGAGGAUCAUUCUUCUUCGAUGGCUCUUGCCAUUAAUUCCACAGGACAUGUCUUUACAUGGGGAAGUAAUGAAGAAGGAGCUCUUGGAUUGAACAUGGUUGAAACUUGUGUGACCUGUAUUGUCCCAUUUCCUCAAUUAGUUCCAUUCAAUUAUGAACUAACAGGUCGAAUUGUAAAAGCUGAUGCCAUUGCGUUGCAUGUCGUAGCAUGGAGUGAAAAUGGUCAAAUUUUCACAUGGGGAAGCGAUGUCGAUGCUCAAACCAGUAAUGGUCUCGGCAUGCAAAUUUCACCUUGGAACAUGACAGAAUAUUUCUAUGAAAAAGUAAUAGAAAACUCUCCAAUGGAUUCUUUCAUUGUAAAGGAAUGUAGUGUUUCAGUUGGAGCUACUGCAUGUUUAAUUGGAGGAAAUAUUUAUUCAUUUGGAUCAAUUCCAACUCGUGGAACGCUGUUUCCACAGCCAUUGUCUAGGAAUCCACCAACGCCAUUCAAGCCAUUUAUCAAUAGUUCUGAACCUGAGGACAAACAACAGCUAUCUAACAUCAUUAUUCAGGGAGGAUUUGAUUGUAACUAUGCCCUCAUUACAAAACCAAACAAGACACAAUCCACGCUACAUGUUUGGGGUCAAUGCCAAAAUAGUCUCAAUUUAGCAGCAACAGCACCUGUCAAAGAACCUUCCGAUGAUCAAAUUCCGUUUUUCAACCUCUCAGACAGAAUGAUUGACAUUAGUUACAAGCAAACACAUGCACUAGCUCUCACUUCGAAUGGAACAGUGAUUGGUUGGGGUGAAAAUUACAACAAUCAAUUAGGCUUUUCUUCCCAAACUCAAACUCCUAUCCCAUUAUUACAAGAAAUACCACUCGAGGAGAGAAGAGCAACACAGAUUUCAGCAGGUGUGAGCUUCUCUCUCAUUUUGUUGAAUAAUGGAUCUUUGAUUGGAGCUGGAAGUAAUUAUCGAGGAAAUUUAGCCUCUGAAAUUAGCCCAGUUUCACAAUUUACAAUCAUUAACACUACAUUUUUACAAGAAGGUGAAUCGAUUAUAGAUAUUGAAGCUUGUGAUGAAGUAUCCUUUAUCGUGACUUCUUCUGGUAAAGUUUACGGAUCUGGCUCCAACGAUGGGUUGAGACUAGUGAAUAAUCCCAGUAUUGUACAAAUUCCUUAUUUCGUUCCGUUGAAAGGUGGAAUUAUUGAUUCAAAACGAAUUAUUAAGGUGGUUGGUUAUUAUUUCGCAGUUUUGCUUUCUGAGGAUGGUGAUGCAAUAGUUUUCAAAGAUGGAACUUCCAAAAAAUUGGAAUUACCAGACCCUACUGACUCAGUAAUUGACAUUUCUGUACAUAGAGGAAACGAGCAUAUGUAUGAUGGAGUUCAAAACGUUCAUUUACUAACACGAAAAGGAAACAUUUAUGGAAAUGGAAGCAAUGCCUGGUUUGAAAUGAGUGCAACACUUGAAAUUCGAGAAGCCAUUACUCCAACUUUAACAAUUUCUUCAAAAAAUACCGAUGGAAUUCCUUAUGCGAUUGGUACUGGUUUAAAUCAUGCCAUCGUCGCAGUGGCUAAAGCGUGGUCAUGCUUUUCAAAGAAUUCUACUGAUGACGCUGUUUGUAACUCUUCUGGAUUUUGUGUGGCACCUGACACCUGUCGUUGUAAACAUGUCAAUAUUUCUGGAAUUGAUUGUGGUGAAUUUAAAUGUUUUGGAAUUUGGCGAAACGAUUCAAAUGUUUGUUCAGGAGCUGGAAAUUGCACCACGUUGGACACUUGUGUUUGUCAAGAAGGUUUUUUUGGUGCCAAUUGUUCCGUUCGAGUAGCAACAUGUUUUGGGAAGUUUCCACAUGAUGCCUGUAAUGGAAAUGGAGUUUGUGUCGCUCCUGACAAGUGUGAAUGCAAAGAAGGAUAUUAUGGACCUCAAUGUGAAAACAAAUCUUGUUACAAAUUCGCAAGCUUUGAAAAGGAAUUGGCAGCGAGCAGACGAUCCUCGAGUAUGAAAAUGAAUUUAUGCAAUAAAAUUUUACGCUUGUGA